UAUCUAUGGUUACCACGUAGUUUUAUAUCAGUGGCGUAAGGGACGGAUGCAUGAUGGGCUCAGUGUUUUACUGUCGCUGCCGAACAUUUUCGUCGUCAGCGGCCGUUCUGAAGAGGAUUCCAAAUGAUCUUAAAGGCAGAGGCAAAAGUUCACAGGAAUGGCUCAUUCGACAAAUGAACGACCCAUAUGUGAAAAAGGCCAAGCUGGAGAACUACAGGGCCCGCUCGGCGUACAAGCUGCUGGAGAUUGCCGGCCGCGUGGAGCUGAUGAGGCCCGGAGGCGUGGUGGUGGAGUGCGGCGCCGCGCCCGGCGCCUGGUCCCAGGUGGCGCUGCGGGCGGUGAACGCCGACGGACGCGAUGCGGAUCGGCCGGUGGGCACCGUGGUGGGCGUGGACCUGCUCACCGUGCAGCCGCUCCCUCCAGCCAUCCACCUCCAGGGCGACUUCACCGCCACCGAGACGCAGCGCCGCUUGCUGGCGCUCCUCCCCGCCCCGCCGACGCUCGUGCUCAGCGACAUGGCGCCGCGCGCCAGCGGCGUGCGCCAGCUCGACCACGACCGCAUCCUGGCGCUCGGCUACGCGGUGGCGCAGUUCGCGCUGCGUCAGCUGGCGCCGAACGGCGCGCUGCUGGUGAAGCUGUGGGCCGGCGGUGGCGAGCGGCGGCUCACCGACAGUUUGGCGCCGUUUUUUACGCGGGUGCGGACGCUGAAGCCGGCCGCCAGCCGCACGGACUCGGCCGAGGUGUACGUGGUGGCGGUCGGUUUCGUGGGCGCCACGCGGCGGAAGGGAGAGGGGCGCGGCACAGGGCGCGAGGAGGGGGCGGCAGGCGAGACGGGGGUAUGA